AUGGGCACGAUACGUGUGACGCCACCACGGACCCUGUUCUCUGGGCAGGGAAGUGCUUACAUCGGCAAAGCUAUUGCAAGCUCGCUCAAUAGCUCAUCAUCAAUAUGCACAACAGGAAUGAGAAGUAGCUACUACCUUCUCCGACCAUACAGCUCUCCUCUUGGCAAGAGAAACUUUUCAUCCACAAGCAAGCAGCAACUGGAAGUGUUUCCGCCUCCAAGAGAUGCGCCCUCCAUCAGAGUCACUCCUGCAGCAUGGCAGCAUCCGGUCUAUUCCGAAGAGUCGAUGAAACAGAUUGCCAUUGCUCGUCGCGACGUGAGGACGUGGUCCGACUGGACUGCCUUCAACCUUGUGCGCUUGCUCCGCUGGUCGACCGAUAUAGCCACCGGCUAUCGACAUCAGAAGGAGAUCAAGAAACUCGAAGAUAAUCCGAAUGCCAAGCGAUUUCAGAUGACGGAGCGGAAAUGGCUGACUCGUUUCAUCUUUCUCGAAUCGAUAGCUGGAGUACCGGGUAUCGUUGGGGGCAUGCUUCGACAUCUCCGCAGCUUGAGACGAAUGCAACGAGAUAACGGAUGGAUUGAGAGUCUUCUAGAAGAAGCUUACAACGAGCGAAUGCACCUCCUCACUUUCCUAAAGAUGGCCGAACCAGGAAGAUUCAUGAAGUUCAUGGUUCUUGCUGCUCAGGGCAUCUUCAGCAACGCCUUCUUCUUUGCGUACCUCGUCUCCCCUCGCACAUGCCAUCGAUUUGUUGGUUAUCUCGAAGAAGAAGCCGUCAUGACCUACACCCAUUGCAUUCGCGAUAUCGAGGCUGGACGAUUGCCAUCAUGGUCAAAGUUGGAUGCUCCAGAAAUCGCAGUCCGAUAUUGGAAUAUGCCUGAAGGCCACAGAAAGAUGCGAGAUCUUUUACUAUACAUCCGAGCAGACGAGGCUAAGCACAGAGAAGUCAACCAUACCCUGGGCAACCUCGAUUGGCACAAAGACCCCAAUCCAUAUGUGUCUGAGUACAAAGAUCCGAGCCAGAAUCAUCCCACAAAGGGUAUUGAUAUCAAUAAACCGGUUGGAUGGGAGCGAGAGGAGGUGAUAUGA